AUGCUUCUAUUCCCCCAACCGCUCUUACCCGUAGCAGAACCUGACAACACUGUGACUCGCCGGAAUCGCUUCUGUAUCAGCCGUAACACUGUUUCACAGCAACCAAAACAUCUAGUUUCUGAUUCAGUUUCAAUUGUGAUGUCCAAGGAUAAUGACGCAACCAAUUUGUCUCGCACCUUCAAAUACCUUUUAGCUACUCAAUUCUUGUCAAGAGGAAUUCCAUUUAUAUUCAAUACAUGGAUUGUAAGGCAUCUCACAGAAGAGGACUACGCGAGUCCUGAACAUUCCCUUUCUUUGGUUAUAUAUGGAAAAGUCCUUUUGAACCUUUUGUCCACUUGA